AUGGCUACAGUUUUCGAAAGUUCAUUCUUAUCAAAUAGAAUACAUCGUAUCGAGGAACGAUAUGAAGAAUCAACAAACACUUUUGGCAAAUGUGACUGCACUAGCUAUAGCUAUCUUGCCUUGAGCGUCAUUCUAUUCAUGAUUGGAACCGCUAUUACUAUUUUUUCUUUGGAUGAUAUCGUAGGUGAACACAUAUUUUUUAAACUUGGUCACAUGUGGCUUAUUGGUCCAAUAUUUAUUUGUUCUGGACUAAUGGUAGCUGUCAAAUGUAUGCUUUAUCUUCGACGAAAAUCUGUUAUACAAAUGAUCUUUCAUCAACGACAAUUAUUUAGACAUUUGCAGGAAUUAAGCGGUACUCGUGGUAUUGAACGUAUUGAUAUACAAACUCCAGGUCCACCUUCUUAUGAAGCAAUUGCUCAGGAAAGCUGUAACGAAUUACCUCCGCCUUCUUAUACAGAAGCGGUAGCGCUUAUACGCAAAACUAUUGGAAGCAAUACCAAAUCAAAUAGUGCAACUGUUUCUUGCGAUAGCAUCGCUAUUGAUCAAAACGUCAGGUGUAAACCUUGAAACAGUAUUUUUUUUCGAUCAGAAGAUUGAUCACAAUAAAAGCAGUAAAUUAUCUUAUUAAAUUAUGAACGAUUGUUCGUCUUUUUUAUGUCUGUUUGUUACAUUGAACAUUCUUUUUUUCUAUUAUAAAAAAAUGUUACUAUCGCGUAUCUUAUACAUUAAAAAAUAAGGGAAAAAAAAGAUGUAUUCAAUAUAUGCAUUUAUUAGAAUAUUAAUGUCAAUGAAACGAUAAACAUAUGCAACGAUUACGCAUAUUUUUUUUACAAAAAGUAUUUGAAUUGAAAAAAAUUUAUAAGAUAUGUCAAUCAUUCAAUUAAGAAAGAAUGAAUGAAUUUCUCACAAAGUGAAGUCAUACGCAGAAAAUUUACAUAUUAAUAUAAUAACUAGUAUAAAUUUUUUUAAACAUACAAAUUUUUAUGAAUAUAAUACGAAAAAAUCAUAUAAUUCAUAUAAAAAUUUUUAUGUUAUAUCUUUUAUAGAAUAUGAAUUUUAUAAAUUGAAAAAAAAAUUGCAAUAAUAUGAUAAAUUUUAUUUAUGUUGUUUCAAUUCAUAUUAAAAGUAAAAUUUACAUAAUUAUUAUUGAAAUUUUUAACAAUUAGACAAUUAUCAUUAUCAUUAGAGUUAGAGAAUAUGUAAGUUUUUAUUACAAAUUUAUUCAAAUUUAACAUUUACAAAAUAGAAAAACUUACGCAUUUUGCGUAUUAAAUAUUAUGAUAAAUUAUAAAAACAAGAAUAUAAAAAAAAUAUUACGUUAUUAGCAAAAUUUGUAAAAAAUUUGAUUGUUCAUUUAAAAUGUAUUACUUAAUAUUAAAACGAAUAAAAAACGACGUUUUAUGUUUCGCAUAAUGUUUAUUUUUAAGAUAUAGUACACGCGUUAAAAACAGACUAAAAGCAACUCUUUAAAUGUUUUUUUAAAGUUUUUCAAAGUUUUAUUUGAAUUGAAGUUUUAUAGAAAGUGUACAAUUAUUUAUGUGCAGUCAUUUUAUGAAAAUAACUUUUAAAAAAAUAAAAGUAUUAUAUAAAGAAGAAAAUUAAACAAGUUUUGAUAUAAAGAGAAGAAAGAAAGGAGAAAAAAAAAUAGGGAAAAAGAAAAAGUGAAAAUUUAUCUUUCAGGAUUGAGCUACAGCCAACAUUUCUUCUUGAUGAAUAAGAUGAGUUGUAUGAUUGACAAGACUCAUUAGUUUUGAUAAAGAUGCAGCCCAUGCGUCCAAAAGAGCAGCCGGCUCUUGGGUUCCUGUAAAACGAACCACACCGGCUGGACGAUCUGUACGGGCAUUUAUCACACCAGUUUCUACUAAACUGCAUAGACAUGCUUCAGUUUCUUCAACUGGUAAAUCCAAUAAUUCAGCCAUACGAGUCAAUGUAAUUUUUGUGUAAUAUUUUGCCAUAAUCCUGAUAUUCUAUAGUGAAAUAAAUAUUCAAUACAAUUUUGUUAAAAUGAAA